AUCCCAUACAUUCCCGUGUCCUACUGUGCACAUUAUGCAGAGUUUUUCUAAUUGGCCCCGUGAGGCAGUAGUCGACGCACAUUUCGUCAGCUGGGGACAGCAGCUGUCAAUCAAACUGCAUCUUUAUAACCAGCGGCAGAAGCUGCAUCAUUGCGUCUCAGGAUAAACCCUGGGACAGACAGGAGCUCCACUGUGAUUAUUGAUCGGCAAUCGAUAGUUCUGUCUGAUGCAGUUAUUCAAUCAGGUUUGGAUUUAAAGUGGUAGCAUUGCUUAACAUAUUAAAUCAUUCUUUUUAGCAUUUUCUCCUUCUUCUCCUGGCAGGCUUUAACUUUUCCUAGUGUUUCUUCUUAUAUCAUCUCCCCAUCUUUUUGGGAAAGAUGGAUAAGUUGAGUGGGAACAAUGCAACACUUGUGAACAGCUCUAUAGACAAGUGGUCCUUCAAUGAGCGAGGCUUGUACCCACACCUGGACCCCGGGGAGCUGAGGGUCCUGAUGCCGGCCAUUCUAGGAGUCCUCUGUUGCUUGGGUGCGGCUUGUAACCUCACUGCAAUGGUCAUCUUGUUCUCCAGCGCUCACAGGGGCAAACUAUCUCUCAUCAACUCCCUGGUCUUCAACUUGAUGUUUGCCGACGGGCUGGUGCUGCUGUUCGCUGUGCCUUUCAGGGCUGCGGUCUACUCCAAAGCCUCCUGGACUCUGGGCUGGGUUGUCUGCAAGACGGCCGACUGGUUCCUCCAGUCCUGCAUGGCAGCCAAGAGCUUCACAGUUGCCAUCAUGGCCAAAGCUUGCUACCGCUACGUUUCCAACCCCAACAAGCAGGUGAGCAUCCACCUUGGCUCCAUCCUGGUGGUGUUCUUCUUCAUCUGGCUGUCCGCUUGCUCCGUCACCAUCCCUCACUGGCUGUUUGCCACGCUCCAGAGAGAAUCUCGUGGACUGGUGUGUGUGAUGGUGGUUCCUCCUGAAGCCCGGGACUUCAUGGCUGUGUACGUCAAAGCUUACCCCCUGGGAGUGUACUGUGCACCCCUCAGCUUUUCCCUGAUUUAUUUCUGGAGGGCUUACAGCCAGUGCCAGCGGCGCUCCAGUAAGUCUCAGAACCUGCGCACACAGAUAAGGUCCAGGAAGCUUACCUUGAUGCUGUUCAGCCUGACCGUGGCCAUGGCUAUUCUCUGGCUUCCACAGUGGGUGGAGUGGGUUUGGGAGCGUCAUAUAGCAGAAAAGGACAUUGCAGGAGCCAAGCCUCUCGUCUCCUCUCUUCCCCCUCUUCUGACCCUUUCUGCUCAGCUGCUCACCUUCUCCCUGUCCCUGGUGAACCCUCUAAUCAUCCUCUCCCUCUCCGAGGAGUUCAGAGAGGGCUACAGGGGGCUCUGGAGGCGCCUCACCAUGCGCAAACAUCGUCCUACCAAGAAAAAACCCGGACCUCACAACCCUACUUGUCUCCAGUCUCCUCGCCCCAGACCGGAGACUUCGUUCCAGCUGCGGGGGGAGAAGAACAAUCGAUCAACCUCCAGCCAGGGUCCCUGCAGAGAGGCUGAGCCCCAGCAAGAGCAAGGAGGAGAGAGAGAAGUAGACACAGAGAGUCUCAAAGAUGGGAUCGUCUUGCCUGAUCUGGAGCAGUUUUGGCACAUGAGGGAGACUGGAUCUAAUGCGGAGGAAAAUGAUCCAGUGCCGUGGGAGAACCAAAACAAAGAGGGGGAAACAUAACACCAAUAUGAUCCUCAGACAGCAGCUUCUUCAUCUACAGAUCUCAGUUUAUGUACUGCUGCUCACUGCACUAUCAAUUCAUUGUAUUCUGUCAACAGUGUUAAUGUAAUUAUUCAAAGGUAAGACGUGCAAUACAAGAGUGGAGUACAAGUGGAGCAGUGUCUUCAGUAUAUAUGAUAAAUAUUACACAAUUAUUGUCUUUCUUCUGUGUUUGGAAUUUUAAAAAAGUAUAUAAUAUAUAAUGGAAGAAUAAUUAGGGUGAAAUUACUUUGGUGGCUGUAAAUAACGCUUGUGUUAAUGAUGAUAAUGUGAAUUCAAUACACAGUAUAUUUAUAUAUAUAUUUCAUUAUACUCUUUGGUAUAUUAAACAUUGUAAAUUACAGGUUUCUUGAAUCAACUGAACAACCCACUGUGGGAGUAGUAAAAUGUUUAACGACUGGUAUGCUGCAAAAAAUCUAGCAUAUUGGAAGUACAUGUUAACAUCCGUAAAUGUAUGUUGCCCUCAUGUGCAAUCAUUGUAUGAGUACACUCUUUGGAUAAGCAGAUUUUUGUAAGUGAAAGUGGAGAAAGUGUUAGUUUUCUGUACUCUUUUUGUGAGAGAGAGCUUUAUGUCGCUAAUCAUUGUGCAUCAAAAUGAAUAGUGUUUACA